UUUCUAGUAUCUUUGCUGUAAUUAGAGACUUGGGGCAAGUCUACCAACCACUGAUCUCUAAUAGUAGAGAUCAGUGGACACAACGGUAUGUUUCGGGGUUGUUGCAGCUUUAUUCGGAAGAACUUAGUUUUUGGUGCAACGUCAUCUUUUAUUUUAAUUGGAUUUGUGGGUUUGGUUCAGCAAAAAAACAAAGAUGAUUCAUAUACCGACACAAUCAAAAGAUGUGAUACGAAAACAGAAGUUGAUAAACAGAAAGAGUUACGAGGAGCAUCAAUUCUUAAAUAUGGGGCACCAGACAGAGGACAGGAUGUGCGCUUUUAUAUAAAUCAUGUGAUAGGAUUUGAUCAAGAGAAGAGAAUUCCUAACUGGGUGGCUGAGCACAUAACAGUUGACCAUCUGAAUGGCUCUGCUGUACGUAAACAUUCACAUUUCAAAGAGGAUACAAAUAUCCCUGAGUUAUUUAGAUCAUCAAACAGUGACUACAAAAACAGUGGCUGGUCAAGGGGUCACAUGGCACCUGCUUCUGAUAGCAAAUAUAGUCAGGUUGCAAUGAAUGAUACAUUCUUGUUCUCCAAUAUUGUUCCCCAAGACAUUGAUAAUAAUCGAGAUUUCUGGAAUCGUUUUGAAAUCUACUGUAGAGAUCUUACCCAACGCUUUGAUGAUGUUCGUAUCAUUAGUGGACCAUUGUUUGUUCCCAGCCUUAAGGAAGAUGGAAAAUUAUUCAUGAAAUAUGAGGUGGUUGGUGCUCACCAGGUCGCUGUUCCAACUCAUUUGUACAAGAUUGUUACUGUUGAAAAUACGUCAAGCAAACUUGUAGGUGUUGGUGCUUUCAUUGUUCCCAAUCAACCAAUCUCCAGUGAUCAUGCAAAUCUCACUGAAUAUCAAGUUCCACUUGAAGAUCUAGAAAAAAAGACUGGAUUCACAUUCCUACCAACAUUAGAUUUGAGCCAAACAGAAAACUUAUGUAGUAUUGAUACGUGCAAAUUAAUGUCUGCUAAAGAUAUGCAACAGUUUGUUAUACGUAAGAAGCUCCAAAGGGCUUCAGAUUUCUCUCAACUUGAAAAAGUCUGGAAAGAAAUGGAGAAGAAAAGAAUCAGCCCAGAGAAGAUUGAUCAUGAUUUAUAUGCAAAGAAAAAAGAAGAACUAAUGAAUCAAGAAAGUAAAAAAGGUUAAAUCAUGCAGAUUACAGGCGUGGUGCUAUGAUGAUUAUAAAUAACAUUGUUGCUAAGAAAAAGAGAAAUAAUUUAGAGAAAACUUAACCACAUACAGAAAAGGGAGAAAUGGGAAAAGUGUAAUGUUUUAAUUGAGAAAUAGGGCUAAUUCAUGUGGCCUGUUCAGCACCGUAACCAAGGGGUUUUCAUGGUGCCUGAGCAUCAACCCCCUCUCUCUUAAAUGUGAACAAUCUAACAGUAAAUUAAUGGAUUUAAUUCCACCAUUGUUGGGAUUGACACAAGGUAUUUUUAAUAAUUGGGAGGCAUUGAAAUGUCCUAAAUUGCACUUUAAAAGAUUAUUUAAAAGCAGGGAACAGUUAAAUAAUUUAACUGUUCCCUGAUAAAAGGAUCAUGGAAGAUGUUCCAAGCAUCAUGGCCAACUGUCAAGCAUCAUGGGUAAAGUCCCAGGCAUCAUGGUACCAUGAUGCUUCCAGGGGAGAACACUGCACCAUUGCUGUUACAAUUUUGUUCUCAUUAGAUAUAUAUUUAUAAACAAAUGAACAGUUGGGGCCAAUAAGAACACUUAUAGACUAGUCGGAUUAUUAUUGUUUCAUGGGGUACAUGAUGACGUAUAUAAUAUUUAAUACUAAUUUUAUAUUUUUUGUAUUGAACUUGGCUGGUAAUCAAUUUAAAGGAUUUUUAUUAUCAAGAAGUCUGAAAGUGAAAGCUAAGGCCCGGUUUCCAUAAAAUCGCUACGCGCUAUCGUUGACAGCUUUGGGCGUUGCUGAUUGGUCGGCCGAACAAGAGAACCUUGCUGAUUGCAUCGAAGAUAGCUUAUUUGAUUAUAAUAAAAUAGCUAUUGAAUGUUUUAUUUGAAUUUCUGAUAGGCUUCCCAUGUUGUAUCAGUCUUACUUUAAUAAAAUUUGAUUCAAGACAA